AUGGCCACAAUCGUCCUUGGUAUCGCCUUUGGCAACGAAGGCAACAGCAAGCUUGUCGGCAUCCUCAGCAACGACGUCAAGCUCUGGGCCAGAGCCCAGGGCGGCCACAAUGCCAGACACACUGCUGUUGCCAAUGGAGUGAGCUCCAGCAAUACGUUGCGCUCAUGCUCGACAUUUGAUUUUGGCACUUACGCAUCUGUGAGCUCGUCCAACACUGGUCUUGGCGGCAUCUUCACUGCUCUCGCCCUCGACCCUCGUAAAUUCGACCACAUCAUCGGUGUUAUUGAGGCUUGCUCCACUAGAGUCGGCUUGGGCCAUCUGCCGACACAACUUUUCGACGCUGACAGCAAGAAACUCCAGAAACUCGGUCAUGAGGUCCGUGUAUCGACAGGUCGCCCCCGCCGAUGUGGCUGGCCCGAUCUCAUGGUCAUCAAGCACUCCCGUGCUAUCAACCCCUACACGUCUUUGAACCUCAUCAAGCUCGAAAUUCUCGACACUUUCCCCUUUAUCAUUGCCUAUAAGAAUCCGCGAACGGACGAGGAUGUCCCCUCUUUCCCCGCAGACCAGAAGCUCCUCGAGAGCGUAGAGGUCGUGUGCAAGGAGUUGGAAUGCUGGAACACGCCGACGACCUCGGUCACGAGCUACUACGGCGCCCCGCUUAAUGCGCGGAAGUACAUUGAGUUAAUCAAGGAGUUUGUUGGUGUCAAGAUUGGCUGGAUCGGAACCAGCCCUGAGCGUGAAGACAUGAUUAUCCGCAUGGUCACAACUUCCUCGUUUGCAAACAGAGAGCUGGUGAAUCAUGCUGUACACAUGCACAUCACGCCUAGACCUUGCGGACAUCGUGAUGUCCGGUGA